AAACAGUGGGCGAUUAAUUUCUACACCUACCAUUCACCUUCCCCUCUACCUUUCAUCUAUUCCCUAAUAAGCUCCCAAAAUUACAACUGGCAAUAACUCUACACUUAUUUAUGUCUAUAAACACACACACACAAACUGCUUCUGAGGUUCGACAGUAAUGGAAGAGGAAGACAUCUUUCAUUCUCCACAAACUGUGUUGGAAGAGAGAGAUGAAAAAGCUGAUGAUGAUGAGAAGAGAAAGCUGCGCCUCAUGAGAGCUACUGUUGAUACCAAAGAUCCCUCUUGCAAGGAGAUAGAUGAGUUAACACUGAGAAGGUUUCUUCGAGCACGCGAUCUGGAUGUGGAGAAAGCGUCGGCGAUGUUCUUGAAAUACUUAGCAUGGAGGAGAACGUUCGUUCCAAAGGGUUAUAUUUCGGAGUCUGAGAUUAGGGAUGAAAUAGAACAGAAGAAGAUGUUCAUGCAAGGCAGAGACAAGCAAGGCCGUCCCAUUGCAGUUGUGUUUGCUUCCAGACAUUUUGCAGCCAAAGGAGGCGUCGACGAAUUCAGACGUUUCUUGGUGUUCGCGCUUGAUAGACUGUGUUCCAGAAUUCCUGAUGGACAAGAGAAGUUCACAAUUAUUGGAGAUAUUGAAGGAUUUGGCUACUGCAACAGCGAUGUUCGUGGAACUAUUGCAGCUAUCAACAUUUUACAGGAAUACUACCCAGAAAGACUCGGAAAAUUGUACGUCAUUCACGUACCAUAUAUAUUUAUGACGUUGUGGAAGAUCGUUGCACCAUUCAUCGACAAAAAUACCAGGAAGAAGAUCGUGUUUGUGGAGAACAAGAGACUGCAUGCUACUCUGCUAGAGGACAUAGACGAAAGCCAGCUUCCAGAGGUUUAUGGAGGGAAACUGGAGCUAAUUCCCAUUCAAAACGGCUAGGGGGUUAUGCAUCUGAACCGUGCAAGUUGUAUGAUGUUUACAUCUGCAGCAAGCAGUUACACAAAAUGGAUCGUAGUACAAUGACGUAUGUAGAGUUCCUGCUUGCUUUUCAAGUCCAGAAAAUGAGGACUGUAGUGUUUGUAUGGAUGCUAGGUGCCUGUGAAUCUAUAUAUAUUGAGCAGGUAAUAUGGAUUAAUGUGCACAUUCUGCUAACAUCUUGUAUACAAGGAAGGAUGAAAGAAAAGGAAGCAGAUAUCAGAACUCAUUUAA